CUUCUUUUUCCUUUCCCCGUUCUCUCCAGCUGCCUUCUGCAGAGCCUCUGUCGGUCGUUCCCCCUCCUGCAUCCGUCGUCUUUGGUCUUUUGGGUGCGAUUCCACCGUCCGCCCUCGCGCAACCCUCAUCAUGGCCGCCAAGUCGCAACUCCCCACCGUCAACCCCGUCUCCGAACCCUCCAAGGCGGCGGCGCACCCCGCUCUCUACAUUGCGACCUGGAUCGCCCUCAGUUCCGGUGUCAUCAUUUUCAACAAGUGGAUCCUCCACACCGCGGGCUUCAGUUUCCCCCUCUUCCUGACGACAUGGCAUCUGGUCUUCGCCACCAUCAUGACCCGCCUCAUGGCGCGGUUCACCACCUUGCUGGACUCCCGUCACCAGGUCCCCAUGACGUCUCGCGUCUACAUGCGCGCGAUCGUCCCCAUCGGCGCGUUCUUCUCCCUCAGUCUGAUCUGCGGUAACCUCGCAUACCUCUACCUGAGUGUGUCUUUCAUCCAGAUGCUCAAGGCCACCAAUUCCGUCGCCACUCUGCUCGCGACGUGGGCCAUGGGUAUCGCCCCCGUGAAGAUGAGCCUCCUGGGCAAUGUCUCCUUCAUCGUGAUCGGUGUCGUGAUCGCCUCGAUCGGCGAGAUCAAGUUUACCAUGAUCGGCUUCAUCUGCCAGUUCUUCGCGACCAUCUUCGAGUCCGUCCGCCUGGUCAUGGUCCAGCGCCUGCUCAGCUCCGCCGAGUUCAAGAUGGACCCCCUCGUGUCGCUCUACUACUUCGCGCCCGCCUGUGCCGUCAUGAACGCCAUCAUCACCGCAGUGGUUGAGCUCCCGACCCUCCACAUGACCGACAUCUACCAGCUCGGAAUCGGCACCUUGUUCGCCAACGCCGCCGUUGCCUUUGGUCUCAACGUUGCCGUCGUCUUCCUGAUCGGCAAAACCUCCGCCCUCGUCCUCACCCUCUCCGGCGUCCUUAAGGACAUCCUCCUCGUCGUCGCCUCGAUGAUGAUCUUCCGCGACCCCGUCACCCCCCUGCAGAUGUUCGGAUACGCCAUCGCCCUGGGCGGUCUGGUUUACUACAAGCUCGGCCGCGACGGCGUUGCCGGCCUCUUCGCCCAGACGCGGUACCUUCUCGGCGGACCCCGUCCCCAGAACUAGCCUCGACUGUAUGGAUGUAUGUAAAUAGGUGCGGGGGCGAUGGAUGCAGGUUCGAAAGUACAUAGAAUCGGGCAGGGUUCCCAUUGUAUUUCAGUCGAUGCAAAUGAUGUUGAACGAC